AUGGUACCAAUAUAUACUAGAGAGCAAAUAAGAUUUAAAGUCUAUACUGAAAUUCUUCAACAACUUCAUGUUGUAAAUUAUUUCAGUCAAGAUUUUCAAGGACGUACUGAUAUUCUCGAACGUGUACGCAAUUAUGUUGAAGGUUCUUCAAAACAACCAUUAGUUUUAUGGGGUGAAGGUGGUUGUGGAAAGUCAAGUAUGUUAGCAAAAAUAGUAUCAGAAUCUAAAUCCUGGUUUGCAUCAAAAAAUUGUUCAUUAAUAAGACUUGUUCGUUUUCUUGGUACAACGCCUGAUAGUUCAUCAAUUGGUCCAUUAUUACGAAGUGUUUGUCAACAAAUAAGUUUAUUGUACGACGUAUCAGAUAAUGUUAUACCAGUUGAAUUAUCUCAAUUAACAAAUCAUUUUAAACGUUUAUUAGAAAAAGCAACAGCAGAUAAACCAUUGUGUAUUUUUUUUGAUUCAUUAGAUCAAUUAUCAUCUGCUGAUGGUGCACAUUCAAUGUCUUGGUUACCACCAACUCUUCCAAAUCAUGUUAAACUUAUUGUUUCAACAUUACCAGGAAUAUAUAACAUAUUAAAUACACUUCGAAAUAUAAUUGAUAGUCGAGAAAAUUUUGUUCAAAUAAAACCAUUAGGUGAAGACUUAGGUAAAACAGUAUUAAAAGCUUGGCUAGCUCGUCAUCAUCGAACAAUAUCUGAUGCACAAUGGGAAUUAGUUCAUGAACGUCUUGCUGAAUGUAAUAUUCCGUUAUAUGUUAAAUUAGUAUUUGAUGAAAUAAAAUUAUGGAAAUCAUACACAAAACCACAAGAAAAAGAUUUAGCUAAAACAGUAUCAACAUCAAUAUAUAAAUUAUUAGGACGAAUUGAAAAUCAACAUGGACACAUUUUAGUUGAACAUGCUUUAUCUUAUAUAACAGCAUCAAAAUCAGGUUUAAGUGAAGCCGAAUUAGAAGAUUUAAUAUCACUUGAUGAAACUGUUUUAAAUGAUGUUUAUCAAUAUCAUUUACCACCUAUUCGACGUAUACCACCAUUGUUAUGGACACGUAUAAGAAAUGAUUUACCGAAUUAUUUAGUUGAACGUGAAGCAGAAGGUGUUAGUGUUGUUAGUUGGUAUCAUCGACAAUUUGCUGAAGUUUCUCAUGAACGUUAUUUAUCAAAUCCAGACGAACGUCGAAUAUGUCAUUCUAGUAUGGCAGAUUAUUAUCUCGGUAUAUGGGCUGGUCGUCCAAAACCAUUUCAAUUUUCUGAUCAUCAAAAACGUAUGUUUAAUAUAUCAUCAACGGAUAGUGAAGCCGAUCGUAAAGUUCCAGCUCAACCACUUAUAUUUAAGACAAAUAAUGCAGCAGCAGCAACAGUUACUACAACACCAACUGUUCGUUAUAAUUUACGUAAAUUAAGUGAAUUACCAUUUCAACUAAUACGUGCACAACGUGAAGAUGAUUUAUAUAAUCAUGUUUUAUUUAAUUAUGAUUUUAUUCAUGCAAAAUUAUCAUGUAUGCCAUUAAAUUUAUGUAUAUUUGAUUAUGAAAGCACAUUAGAAUUUGUUUAUGAUAAAGAAGUUAAAUUAAUGAGUGAUGCACUUCGUUUAUCAAGUUCAGUUUUAGCUGCUGAUCCAAAUAAUUUAGCAUGUCAAAUAAUUGGUCGUCUAUUACCAUUUUAUACAACAUGUCAUAAAAUAGCUUCAUUUAUUGAUCAAUGUGAAAGUACUGGUUUACAAGUUAUGGGUCUUGUACCAGCUUUUAAUACAUUAGCAUCACCUGGUGGUCCAAUUGUUUAUUCAUUAGAAGCUCAUCAAUUUGCUGUUUAUGGUCUUGAAGUUAUCUCAUCUGGACAAUCUCUUCUUACUGUAUCAAAUAAAUUUAUUGUUUUUGAUUUAUCAAGUGGUGAUAUUGUACGCAUUAUUGAUCCUAGAAUAGAAGGUAUUAUGACAUAUUUAGCUCUUGCAUCUGAUCAACGUUAUUGUGUAACAACAACAAUAAGUAAUCAAUAUAUUAUAUGUAAUUUAUUAACUGGAGAUUUUAUUUUACGUGAUUAUCAACCACAAACAAAUAAUCAACCACAAACAAAUAAUCAACAACAAACAAGUGGAAACACAACUAAAACUAAUAAUAAAACAAACAGUGGACAACCAACUAAUCUUUUAUUAGGUGCACAUGCGAGCAAUACUCAUUUUGUAUUAUGGUCGGCAAAAAUGUAUGAAGUAUAUACAAAUAAAGGUAUGAAUACACGAUAUGAGUUAAGUUUUUGUGAGCUAAUUCGAGUCAAAUAUUGA